AUAGCAUAGGAUCGUCUAGGGCUCGAAAUUGAAUUGCUUCUCUCUGCGUAAUUGCGCAUAAUUUCUGCAAAUAAACUUGAUCUCAAAAGGAAUCACUGAAUCAGGGUUUUUUUCAGAGGCGAUCGAGCUCGCCACGUUAAUUCGUUUUCUGGGUUUUGGAAAACUAGGGUUUUUGUUGGUUGAUUUUAUCUGUUACGAUGUCGGUAACGGCGGGUGUUAGUGAUACUGUUAUAGCGGUUAGGGAUAAGCUUAGAGGUAAAAUUGGGCAGACGAAAGUGAAGAGGUAUUGGCCUGGUAAAGCUCCUGAGUGGGCAGAUGAUGGCGAUGAAGAGGGUGAUAUACGAAUGGCGAGGUCAGUCGCAUUGGAGAAGGCUUUUCCUAGCAGGGAAGAUUCUGAUAUCAUGAAAAGAGAUGAUCCUAGGCUGCGUCGAUUGGCGGAGAAUAGGUUGGAUAAUAAGGAAGAAAUAAGAGCUGAUCAUAGACGAAUUAGACAAGCUGAAAUUAUUUCAACUGAGGAAGAGGAGCAGAGGAGACAAGAAAGGUUGGAAUUUGAGGAAGAUGAUGAGGAUGCUUUGGAUGAAAGGAGGAGGAGGAUUAGGGAAAAGUUGCUUCAGAGGGAGCAAGAGGAAGCUGCAAUGAUUCCUGAAGAGGAGGAGGAGGAGGAAGAGGAGGAAGAAGAGGAAUCAUCUGAGUACGAGACGGAUUCAGAGGAAGAGCAAAUGGGUAUGGCUAUGGUGAAGCCUGUGUUUGUGCCAAAAUCAGAAAGAGAUACUAUUGCAGAACGUGAGAAGAUUGAGGCGGAAGAACGGGCAAUUGAGGAGUUAAUGUUGAGAAGGGCGGAGGAGAGGAAGGUGGAGACAAAACAGAUAGUUGUUGAGGAAAUACGUAAAGAUAUGGAAAUCCAAAAGAAUUUGGAAGCCGAGGCUAAUAUUGCUGAUGUAGACACAGAUGACGAGUUGAAUGAGGCGGAAGAAUAUGAAGCAUGGAAGGCUCGGGAGAUUGCUAGAAUUAAAAGAGAUAGAGAGGAUCGGGAUGCAUUGGUGAAGGAGAGGGAAGAAAUUGAGAGAGUUAGAAAUAUGACUGAGGAAGAGAGGAGAGAGUGGGAGAGGAAGAACCCGAAACCUGCUUCUGCCCCCAAACAGAAAUGGAGGUUCAUGCAGAAAUACUAUCACAAGGGUGCUUUCUUCCAGGACGAUCCUGAUGAUACCGCCGCAACAGUUGGUUCUGAUGGCAUUUUCCACCGUGAUUUCUCUGCACCAACUGGAGAGGAUAAGAUGGACAAGACUAUUUUACCGAAAGUUAUGCAGGUCAAGCACUUCGGUCGUAGUGGAAGAACAAAAUGGACUCACCUUGUCAAUGAGGAUACCACUGAUUGGAACAAUCCCUGGACAUACAACGAUACGCUUCGGGCAAAAUACAACACCAAAAUGGCGGGUAUGAAUGCGCCUAUAGCAAAACCUAAAGGUAAAAAGAUCAAGGAUUGGGAAUCUCGUUGAAACUACGAGGUCGUCGAGUUAAUGAAAUAUGUAAGCAUUUAGCACGUGAUCAUCGAUCUUUAUCUGUAUUUGAUAUCCUGCUUCAAAGUCGGAAUAGAACUAGCAUAACCUUUACGAGGGACCUUGAAUAUUUAUGUUUUGUUCUCUUGCCGGUUUCACCGUUAGUUUAUAUGUAUUAUUCGAUCAGCUAGAAGUUGAUCGGUCAUCUUUACAGAAAUAUAAUCUGCAAAUGGAUGGAAAUGCUCAUUUUGAUUCAA